GGUGGUAGUGUCCAACUUUACUUUUGCUAUGUGAAUUUCUUCAGCCCUGACUAUAAAUUCUUUAUCUUCUACAAUGAUUGCUUCAAGAUCAUCUUUGGUAUUUUCUCUAAUGCUAACGUUGUUAGUAAUAGAAGUGAUACCAAUACAGUUGCAAGAUGAAGAAGAGUUAAAAGAGAACAAUGUUGAAGAUUCAGAAUUGAACCAAUGCAUUAGUGUGCACAGGAGUACGGAAAUAGGCUCGUGUUUUGGCAAAGAACUGUUGAAUAGGCUAAAUCAGUAUAAUGAGGCAGAAUCAUUUAGUUUGUCGACUGGUGUUUCGUUUGUAAGAGAUGAGAAAACGCCUAGAGAUUUUGGCAGCUUUUUGGAUAAGGACCCUAUGGAUUUCCGUUCCAUGAUGGAAGAUGCCAGUAACCUGAUCUCCAAGCGUUCUCUCCAUUGGGACCUUAGCGGCGUCUACCCGGGACUGGUAAUGAGAAUUGGCCCCACACUAGCGAAUGGGGUUUUAGAGUUUGUGAUGGACCCUAGGAUUAAGGAUAGAGCCUAUCAACAUCAGUCUCAUGGAGAGAUGAGUACUGGACGCCUUCUAGCCCGCAACCUUCUCGUCCCAUUUCUUCUAGGUUUCAAGUUUCAAUUAUCCACCUUACUACCAAUAAUCUUAGGUCUAGUUCUCCUUGCGAGCAAAAAAGCCUUUUUCCUGUCCAAAUUAGCGUUGCUAGCUGUAACUGUGUUCAGUGGUAACGGAGGAAGUAGUUAUGGACAUGGUGUGGACUUUGGAAGUCCGUCACUCGCCGGUUAUACACAGUAUGAUGGACAUUAUCAUGGACAUGGACAUGGACAUGGCACUGGAUCUGGCUACUACCACCGCCACCCUCACCAAGCGGACUAUUUCUAUCGCGAAAAAUCAACAGAGACCACAGCUACACCUAUAACACCUGACGAACUGAGAGAUAGAUUUGAAAGAUUCUUUAUUACUAAGAAAGAUGUGCCAGCUGACGACCCAAGAGACGAGAAAAUAAGAAACGGAAGAAAUUUUGCAUGGACGCCUAUUAAUACUGGAUAGAUUUUCAAUAAAGAAGUUUACUUAGUAAGAUUAAUUAUAUAGGGAUCAUAUGGUUUUACCAGACCCUCAUGACAUGAAGUUUAGAAAAUUUCUAUAGGAAAUGGUAUUAGCAACUUUGACUAACCAGUGGCUACGAUGAUACCACUAUUGAUAAUUUUAAAUCUAACUCCUGAAAACAAAUUUCAAUAAACCAUUUGUUAUGAGUUUUUAAUAAACUUCUACCGUUAUCACUAGAGGGCAUUAUAGUUUAUCAUCAUAAAGAUUUGAAAUAUCCAAUCACAGAUCACAAUUUUGACGUGACUGACAGAG